AUGACCUCGCGCACGCCCCCAUUAGGGGGCCUCGACAGCUCGCCCCCCUCGUUCAGCUACAAAACGUACAAGCACGAGACGACGCGGCUGGUGUACUGGAUCAUCAACACGUCCAACUUCCUCCUCAGCAGCGGCCCGGCUGGCCGCGUCCCGACGUUCGUCUUCGCGCUCUUCCAGUCCGUCAUCGCCGCGCGCCGGCAAGCCAACUCGCUGUACGAGCAGCUGCAGGCCAGCGGCUCACGCAACGACCCCAACUUGGAAAAGUACAACAGCAGCCACCGGCACUUUAUCGACUCGCUCCAGGCCGGUUUUGACAUGCUCGGUGGCCCGGCGUGGGCCGCUGCCCUGGCGCGCGGUGAGAAGCCGAGCGAAGAGGCCCUCAGCGAAGAAGACAUCUUCACCAACCGCUUCGCGCUGCUCCGUGUUGAGGACGACGACGAUGGGGACGAUGACGAACCCGCGGACGAGUCGCCCGACCCGACGCCAUCACGGACCCAGCCGCGCCGCAAAGCGAACGGCAAGGGCAAGAAGGGCAAGCGCGCACCCAAGGCGAAGGCUUCCAAGUCCCAGCCGGCGCCGGAGCCAGAGCCAGCCCUCGAUAUCCCACUCGAGAGCUACGGCCUCAUUAGCGAAGACGACGACUACUAUGCCACGGUGUUCAUGCUCGUCAUGGAGUGGGGCGAGUGCCGCGCCGCGGUCCAGAGCGAAUGGCGCGACGUGGCGUACAACGGCCUCAACGCCGCUGUCGCGGGAGCCGUCUCCAACGCCGCUGUCGCUCGUGUCAAGCGCUCCAAGCUUGCCGUGUUCGAGGACUUCCCUGAUCGCGACUCGUACGACACGGUGCUGCGGCAACUUGGUGGCGACGACCUUGAGGCCGCACAGGACCGGUAUACUCUAUACAUGUCGGACUCUUCGGUCGACAUGCGCGGUAUAGCCACCAUCGACCCAAGCUCCCGCAUGACCAUCACCUUUGAUAUCAAGGAACAGCUCCUCGCCUAUGCGUAUCGUGACCUUGUCGACUUUGCCGUCGACUUUCAGCACAACAGGACCGGCAAGCCGACCAAGAGGAUGGAGAAGGAGCUGCGUAACUGGGACCCGACGGUCGAUUUGCGCAAGGCAACCAAGGAGGAGCGACUCGCCUGGUGCCGCGUGCACACCAUCAAGUGGCUGUAUGACCUCGUCAAUCUCUUCUCCCACCACGUUGUGCAGGACAACAGACUGCACGGAAAGAACCACGUUUACGAGGAUAUUGACUGGUCACCCGCGGGGCCUUGGGCCCUACCCCGGCGCAUGUUUGGGCUGAACGAAUUUGCAGGCGCCGUCACGUCGCUCGCUUUCCAGAAACCCGGCACCGACCUCCGCCGCCGUAUCCAGCCGCACCUGGUCUUCCAGCUCCAAUGCAUCGUGGAUUCAAUGACCACGUCGAGGGGAUGGAGCCACAACGUUGCCGGACACGCUCUCGAAGCUCCUGCAACCGACUUCCACGCACGGCGCGAUGUUGAUCUGUUCCUCGACCGCGACAACGAGCGCCUCUAUAACGGCGCCCUGUCGGCAAUGGCGGUGACGCACCACAUCAUGGUUGACGAGCGUGGGUCCGGUCGUCGUCCCGGCAUGUCGGACCAAAUGGCGAAGUUGCUCGACGUGCUCAAGGACGAGUUUGUAAGCUGGCUCGGAGAGUGCGAAUACAUGGUUGGGAUUGAAGGCAUCGCCCCUUCGCAAUUCACCAGCACCAACCCCAACGGCCUCCACGAGUACUCGCCGUACCUGUGCGGUGUUGGUCUGGUCGAGGCGCUACAGCUGGUGUAUCAGCUCAUUGUGCAUGUGUGGGACGUCACGCCCGACAUUGUGCUGCUGAUGCACGUCCACAACAAGCUGGUGCAGACCGGCCAGCUCAAGCCUGUCGCUCAGUUCGAGUACCUCGGUGAUGGCUUUGCCAACGACUUCUUUGCCGACGGCAUUCCUCCGACCAAAGCCUUUGGGCCUGCAGCAGCGCCUCGGCUCAAGGGAGGGUCGCCGCGCGACCUCCGUACUCUGCAGAAGCAGCGCAACGAGGUGGCCGACCGCGCCGACUACAGUUUGACAAAGCUUUUCGAUCCGAGCGUCAAUCUCAUCUUCAAGACCAAGUCGCCACUCGUUGCGCUGGGGUUGGCAGGGUGGGACGUUGAAGCUGUCCCCGAGGUGGACAUGGACUACGGUUCCACUCUCUUCACAGGCACCCUGGCGAGGAUAACAGCAAAGUAUGCGGCGCUCGGUGCGAAGCGCUUGCCCGACACCGACAUUAUGAUGCGCGCCCGAGCCAAUGGGGUCACGGAUGAACGGCUGCUCUCUGCCAGCGCCACCGGCGCAGUCCAGAUGGUGAUGGGACAGAUCCGUCCCGACAAGUCUAGCGCGGAUUAUCUUGGGCUGACCGGUGGCAAGGAGUUGCCUCGGGACACGACUUCGUUUUCAGCGACGGCAGCACUCCAACUUGUGCGGAUGAUGAUCGAGGAGGACCUGACGGGCAUCUAUGUCUUUUGCCGCUCGAAACUCAACCUCUUUACUGCCACCAUCGUCUUCUUCAUGACGAGCAAGACGAUUCAGACGACGCUGCGCCAGCACAGCAAGCGCCUGCAUGACGAGUUCUCCGAGGCAGGCCUGCCUCUCGAGACGGCGUACACGCGAGUGCUCAACGCAGUGCUCGCGGACAACGCAGAUCCCGUGCUGCUGCGUGCCGUCACCGCGGCCUUCGACAGCGGCCGCGACGCCGCCGAGCUCCAAUCGUGGUUCUGCCAAAAGGGCAAGGUGCAGCGCCCGCCAGUACCGCGACGAAGCGGCAUGCCGGACUGUGUCGUCAUGUAG